CACGUUUUGAGGAAUGUACUAUAAACGUAGUUAAAGAACGUUAUUCAAAGUAGUGCCACAAAAAAGUACCAACGGAAACUAGGCUGAACAGCAUCAGUUUGGAUACAAGCUUUUCAGCUUUGAGAAAAAAAAGCCUGCUCUGUUUUACUCAUCUCUUCUUCGCGUGUAGGUUUUCUCCAUGAGAAUCAUGAAAAGACCAAAUAUUCUCUUAACAGGGACUCCCGGAGUUGGUAAGACCACACUGGGGAAAGAGUUGGCUCAGAGAACUGGCCUGACCUACAUCAACGUUGGUGACCUGGCUCAAGAAGGGCAGCUCUUUGAUGGAUUUGAUGAGGAGUACCAGUGCCCUGUUUUAGAUGAAGAUAGGGUUGUGGAUGAGUUGGAGGAUAAAAUGGUGGAUGGGGGCGUGAUAGUAGAUUACCAUGGUUGUGAUUUCUUCCCGGAACGCUGGUUUCACAUCGUUUUCGUCCUCCGAACUGAUAACACCAACCUGUACAACCGACUGGAGAGCAGGGGCUACACUGGUAAGAAGCUGCAGGACAACGUUCAGUGUGAAAUCUUCCAGACCAUUUACGAGGAAGCCAUGGAAGCUUACAAGGAGGAGAUCGUCCAUCAGUUGCCCAGCAAUGAUCCGGAGGAUCUGGAGAGGAACAUGGAACAGAUAGUGCAGUGGAUAGAGCAAUGGAUGAAAGACAACAAUUGAGAGCAGGGACAAAAGAUGGACUCAAACAAUCACAUACUUGGUCAUCCAGCUACAGAUGGAAAGACAUCUAGAGAUUUUACAUGUAUAUUUCACACAUACACACACACACCUCAGGACUUAUAACCAUACGGUUCUGAUGAAUUUACCAAUGCAGGGUUAUUUGGUUGCUGUGUUGAGGAUAGCUUGUGUAGCGUUUAGCCAUAUCGGUGGUGAAUUUUUCACUUUGUGUCUUCGGCUGCACAGUUGUUGCAGUAAAUCAGCUCCUCAUAAUCUGACUUUUAAACGAGAAUAGAUAACUUAGUCGUUGAAUUGUUUGGAGUGAGAAUUGUACACUUAAAACGGUUUGAAAAAAUUCUCAUUCCAGACAGCUAAACAAGUAUGCGUGCAUUUUGCAGUUGAAGUGGAAUAUGGAAUAUGCCAUAACUUAAUUAUUAAUACUAAUAUCAUUAUGUAUGAACUAAAUAUGAACUAAGAAAAUAGAUUUGAUAAGAAUAAAAAAAAAAAGCCACAGACCAUUCCAAAAUGGGUGAAAGAAAAAAUUUUAUAUUUCUCCUCAAAAUAUCGUUUUGGACUCAGAGAUGUAUUCUAUAUUUUGGUUCAUUUGUGUUUACUCUUUAUGGGGGAGGGGGAGGGUAUUUUCAUUGGCUCUUCACUGUGUGCACAAGUCUUAGCAGUAUUCAGUACUCGUUCACAUACAUUACAGAGUUAUUGAAGUAAAAAAAAAAAUGAGAAAAAACGUCAUAUUUUCUUUGACGAUAAAAUUAAACACACCUCAGAAAUGUCUCUGAAAGCCCAGAGAUGCCACUGCACAAGAAAUCAUGUUUGCAGUAGUAAUCAACAUAGCUGGAGAGUUCUGUUAUGUUGUCUUGUUCUCAUGUUUGGCUGUGUUAGUGGGUAGUUGCAGGAUGCCCAGACAUUUUAGAAAUGUAGUGUUUAAUGCACUUUGGUAUAAUGUGAGAGUUGUAAUACGA